AAUGACAACACUAUUAACUAUGGCCAUGGAUGGCUGUCCGUCCGACUUUUGUUUAUUUACGCGUAUUUUCUAAAUAAAAGCUAGAUCAUGAAUUAAAUCGUUUAAAAUGUGGCAAUUGGCGCAAUCUUUCAUUACAGUGCUAUUCAUGUGUUUGCUUGUUUAUUUCGGACGGUAUAUGGUGUCGGAGUAUUUAAACGAUGAAACGAACGAAGUGGACGAAUGGCUAGAACAAAACGAACUUGGAGACUACAAGAAACUCUACAAAGAUCUGGGCAUCUCCACGCUGUCGGGCUGCGGGUCCCCGGAGCAGCUGGAGCGGCUGCCCGAGCUGCCGGCCAGCGAGGAGCGCCGCCUGCGCCGCGCCGCCACGCUGCUGCAGCAGCGCCUCGUGCUGCGCCAGUGGCUCGUCACGCACCGCCUGCAGCACGCCUACUCUAGACUGCUCAGCCUGGACGUGUCCUCGCUCGAAGACGUGUACUGGCUGGAGGACAAGACGGCGCGCCACGCGCUGGACGCCAAAGACUUCGCGCCGUGGAGCGCCGCGCGCCGCUCGCUGCCCACGGGCAAGGAGGAGCUGCAGACGCUCAAGGCGGACCUGUGGAGCGCGGUCGUGAAGAAUAGUCGGCAUCAGGAUGCGUGGACUUGGGGCGGCAUGCUGGUGGUGUCGGUGUCGGUGGCGGGGCUGGUGACGCUGGCGGCGGUGACGCAGCCCGCGCUGGCGCCCGAGGCCAAGCACUCGCUGCUGCAGUACGUGACCGGCAAGUACCUGCACCCGCCCAGCUGCAAGGUGGAGUGGGGCUGGUCGGAGCCGCGGGAGGUGGGCGACUGCAUGUGCUUCACGGUGCACUGCUUCCAGCGCAACGGGCAGCCCUACCCCGUGUGCGACACCGACCAGCUCGCCGUCAACAUCGCGCACGGGACUAGGAAGAUAUCGACGGUGAUGGAGCUGGGCUCGGCGGCGGACCCGGCGCAGGCCAACACCGCGCGCGUGCAGUUCACCGUGCGCACCGCCGGCCUCUACAUCAUCUCCGUCAUGAUCGGCGGCGUCCCAGUAUCCGGCUCGCCAUACCGCAAGUGGUUCGUGGCGGGCGCGGUGGUGGCGCGGCGGUCCCGGGUUCGACUGUGCGGCGCCGCGCUCGUGGCCAGCGUGGGACACCCCCGCCGCGUGCACGUGGCGCCGCGCGACCAGUGGGACAACCCCGUGCCGCACACUGACCACACUGGUUUCUCCCUGCGCAUGAACCGGCUGGGCCAGCCCGAGGACCCGAAGCUGUCCGCCUGCGGAGUGUUCACGUACGACGCGGUGAACGUGCAGGUGACGCUGUCGCUGACUGUACCGGAGCCGGGCGUGUACCGAGCCACGCUGCUGUACGAGGACGCGCCGCUGCACAACGCGAAUAUAGACCUCAUUGUGCUGUCCGCAUCGGACACAGCCAUAGUACAACGCAACAUCUCCUGCAAGCAGCACAUCAGCUACGCGGCGCAACUGCUGGCCGCCGGCAACAAGCCGCGCGCCGUGUCCUGCUGCCUCACCAGCAGGCAGCUCGUGCUCAAGGAGUACGUGCUGAAGGUCAUCCCGCGCAGGAUCACCGCCUUCCGCCUGUGCCCCGGCACCCGGUUAAUCCUGUCGCCCGACCCGGACAACCCUCACUCCCGCGGCGGCGUGCUGACCGUGGAGGACGGCGCGGGCCCGCCCGUGCGGCUCAGCAGCGCCGAGCGCGACCUCAUCGCCGCCACCUUCACGCAGCUGCGCAGCGAGCACUGCGGCGGGGACGACAGCUUCAAGAACAAGCAAGACUACUUCUACAGCGAGGUGCGCAAGGUGCACGCGCGGCACCCGCACGACAAGAUUGCGAUCCGUGUGUCCCGUGCUGCGCUCCUGGCGUCCUCGCUGAAGGCCACCAAGCAUCUAUCCAUGCAGGACUGGUGCAAGAACUUUGAUGUCAGCUUUCAAGGGGAACAGGGCGUGGACUGGGGCGGCGUGCGGCGCGAGUGGUUCUCGCUGCUCUGCACUCAGCUGUUCGACGGCAAGCACGGCCUGUUCGUGCCCUUCAACGACUCGCCCACCGGCCUCGUGCACCCCAACCCUGAUAGACCGCCGCAUUUGAAGCUGAAGCACUUCGAACUGGCCGGCAAGAUAGUCGGCAAGUGUCUGUACGAGAGCGCGCUGGGGGGCUCCUACCGCCAGCUGGUGCGCGCCCGGCUCACGCGCUCCUUCCUCGCCAUGAUCAUCGGCACCCGGGUGCACUACAAGUACUUCGAGCAAGACGACCCCGAGCUCUACCUAUCCCUCAUCAAGUACGUGCUGGAGACGGACCUGGACGCGGCGCCGGCGGCCGAGCUGUUCUGCUGCGACGACGUGUACGACCGCUGCGGCCGCCUGCUGCAGCAGCGCGACCUGCUGCCGCGCGGCUCCGUCACGCCGGUAACGAACGCCAACAAACACCGCUACCUAGACGCGCUGGCGCAGUGGCGCCUCUGCACGCGGGUGCGGGCCGAGACCGCCGCCUUCCUGCGCGGGCUCGCCACGCUCAUCCCCGACAACCUGCUGGCCAUCUUCGACGAGAACGAGCUGGAGUUGCUAAUCUGCGGGUCCGGCGAAGUCUCCGUAGCGGACUGGAAGGCUCACGCCCUGGUGGCGGGGGCGGGGCGGGACCAGCGCCGCCUCAUGGGCUGGUUCUGGGCGGCGGUGGCCAACUUCACCACGGAGGAGCGGGCGCGGCUGCUGCAGUUCACCACGGGAUGCUCGCAACUGCCGCCUGCUGGCUUCCAGGAGCUCAACCCGCGCUUCCAGAUCACUCUAGCCCCCACCUUCGGAGCCCUGCCCACGGCACACACGUGCUUCAACCAGCUGUGUCUGCCGGACUACGACAGCUACGAGCAGCUGGUGCGCGCGCUGCUGUGGGCCAUCAACGAGGGUGGCGAGGGGUUCCCGCUCAUAUAGACACGAAACAUCGUUGGGGAUUGAAAAUCUUAGUUCAGUUAAUCAAUCAAUGGAUGUGCUGGAUGUUAGGAACCAAACUUUGCAGGUAAAAAGUAUAAACUUGUACUUUCUAUUAUUAACCUUCGUCGUCGUUGGCUUGCGUUAACUUAAACAAAAAUGUCCAAACUUAUUAUUUUUUUAUAAGUGUAGUAGGUAUAGUCUAGCAUCGUAGGACAAUUUUGUAUUUAUAAAAAUGCUCGAAUUACUAAUUAAUUGAUCUCGUUCUAGUCUCUUUAUUAACCGAUUAAAUUGUUGAGGCUAAAUUAAUGCUAACUCCUGCCUAUUUCUACCUUUGUGGUUGAAUAUGGAAUUGAAAAUGUAUGACAAUAAUAUCAAUCCGUGAAAUUGUCAACUGGUUGUGUAAGAUAAGAUCGCCAUAGCCGUUAUAGUUUUUGGUUAGUGCCGGCAACAUUGCAGGAAAAUUCAUACGUAAAUUAUUCACAAGUAAUGACGCAAAAGGAAAUUAUUUACUUUUGAAAAGAAAUGGAUCGGAAGUUAUGUCUCCCUCAAGUACUUUAUUGUAUUAAUAUUAUCUUAUAUGUAAAUAAACAAAUACCUCUCGUGUAUCGUAGAUACUAUUAGAUAAGUAGGAAUAAUCUAGAACUCUUCUUAAGUAUUAGGGUGUAGUUACACUGAGACUAUAUUGAGAAAUGAACCAAUUUUACAAUCAAAUUAUUCUACUUUAGCUUUCUUAAGUGUAUGCAGUGUAAUGUCACCCUUGAUCAAAUCGCCAUUCAAACUAACUCAGGCCUAUCAAAAAACACCAUUGUUAAUCUCUAUCUGUGAAUCUUUUAUUUCUAGUCAAAUAUUAUGCAGAUUUUAUAUUUUAAUUAAUAUAAUAAAUUGUUUAUUUAUUUGUAAAUAAAUUGAAAUAUUUAACAUUAGACGGUAGUACCUACCAAGUAGAGUUAAAUUCAAUCUCAAAGUUGUAAUUUUAUCAACAUUUAAUUGUUGUUAACCCCAAUGAAAACCAACACUGAACUAACAAUAGAAAAAUUACUUGUUGGUGUCGUGUCUAAAAUUCCAUUGACAC